AUGGUGCCAAUGGUGGUAGCGCUGGUGUUCAUGGAUCCGCAAGAGCAGGAGCAGCUGCCCGUCCGGCUGGCAGUAGGACGGGCUGCCUGGUGGAUUCCCAAUCCGGGGAAAAAGAAACCCACCUCCCUCCUCCAACUACGUCACGCACCUGUGAUUGCCGCCACGACUUCCGCCGAGGAUACGCGAAAAAUGUCAUUUGCUGCCGCUUUAAAGGAUUUGCUGGAGAACCUGUCUUUUCAUUGUUACGGUAAAUUAGUGGAGCACGGUCGCCGGAUUCAAGAGCGUUUCUUCUGGCUCGUUUUCCACAUAACCGCUUUGAGCGUCCUAAUUGCAUUCCUCUGGGGCACCUACACCAAUGAACAGGAUGCCCUGGUGACCACCAUGUAUCACCCGUUGUAUCCCAUUUGGAAGGUGGAGUUUCCGGCCAUAUCCAUCUGUACUGUAAACCGCAUUUCUCGACGUGCAGCCUGGCAAUACGCCCAGGAAUUGAGUUCUAAAGAUCCAAAAAACAAUAAUGCCAGCUUUUUUUACAAAAAGCUUAAUGCUUUUCUAUACAUGUACUAUGACCCCACCGAUCUCAAAGAUAUUGAUAGUGCCCUUAUGUUCCAAAGCUUCUUGGAUAGAUUCGAUACUGAGGCCCAUGAGUUAUUUUUCAACACCAGAAAGCGUAUGCAUGUUUUGACUCCAAACUGCAGUGAAAUAUUUGUGUCCUGCAGGAUUGCAGGACGACUUUUCAAUUGCCUUGAACAGUUCGAAGAGACUUUGACUAGUCAUGGUUACUGCUGCACUUUCAACUAUGAUGGAAGAUACGUUAAUAAAAGAGACUUUCGCCAGAGAUAUUUUGGGCCAGACAUGGGUCUGGUUUUGACUCUAAAAACACAAUCCGACGACAACUUUUACAAGAUAAAUGGCCACAACGGCUACCCGGAUCCCUUUUCUGGUGGCGUGGCCGAACGAAUCGCCGAGGUUGGCUUCAACACCUUGCUGCCCGUAAGAGCUAAAAUAUUUGAGACUCUUCCCGAGGCUCGCCGAAUGAGCCAGUCAGUGCGAAAAUGCCUGUUUGAGAACGAAAUGCCUUGGGUGUUUGCCCGACACUACACCUUCAGUAAGUGCAUCUCCGCCUGUCGGGCCCAAAGUGUCGUCAGUUUGUGCGAGUGCGUCCCUUUCAGCCUGCCACAUCGCUACAUCGAUGGGAACGAGAAGCGCAUCUACUGCACUCUGCAGCACAUGGCUUGUCUGAAGCGUUACGAAUUCAAGUGGCUCAACGUCAUCACCAGUCGCGAGAAUGUGACGGGUCUGGAGCACGAGUUGCAGGACGCCCUCUUCUGUCCUUUGUGCCUGCCUUCCUGCACAGAGACCCGGUACAGUGUAAGGGGUGCCAUGACCCUGGGCCUACCCACUCACACUCUGGCCAAGAGUCCGUCGCGUAGCAGUCCCGGACCGCGUGCCAAUAACAGUUACGGUUCCGGCUCCGGCUUGGGCCCGGGCACUGGCACUGGAUAUGGCAAGGGCUAUAGCAACGGCUCAUCCUCCCCCGCCGAGUUGGCCGUUGUUCGUAUUUAUUUUGCCGAAACGCACAUUCAAUACUUUCGCCAGAUUAUUAAGAGUGCCUGGUACGAGACCUUCAGUACAAUUGGCAACAUCUGCGGCAUAAUAGCUGGCUUCUCGCUGAUUGGGAUCUGCGAGCUGUUGUUUUUUCUAGCCAAACAAUUAUGGCAGGCAUGCCGGGCGGAAAUCAAAGCGGAGCUCAGUCACAUCCAAGAGAGGACCCACAUCCAAAGGCAUUCCAAGAGGGACCACGCGGCGGAACCGGAUCCGGAUACUGAAUCGGAAGCAGAGCGGCCGAUGAAGUUGUUUAUACUGCCGUAA